UGAAGUUUAUUAUAAAUGACAGCCUUUUGUAUUUAUAUUCAAAGUUCAUGUUUUGGCAACAGGGGACAGCUAUUUUUACAUGUAUCCAGAGAGCAAAGGUCGAAAAGGAGCAGACGAAGUUUCAUUGUUCCUUUAUCAUUUUGUGCACAGUUUUCUAACUCCAGAAGUCGGACAUCUGGGGAUCUUCUGUGACUCCUGCGGAGGGCAAAACAAGAAUGCCACUGUGUUCAGAUUCCUUCACCAUCUAGUCCAUACAGAAAAACGAUUGGACUAUGUAAAGAUGACAUUCCUCAUAAGAGGUCAUUUGUACCUUGAAUGUGAUAAAAAUAUUGAUAUGAUAGACCAAACUCAGGAAUGUCAAAUUCCAAAGGACUGGUGUCAGGUUUUUCAGAAUUCACACACACAUGCUUUGCCUUUUGUCAUCAUUGAUGUUGAGGAGCAACCAGAGAUAAUCAAAUGCUGGACAGAGCAUCUGGAUAAUACAAUAUACAAGAAGAAACUCCCUUUCCAGUCCAGGCCAAUAAGAGAAUUGGAAGUCACAUGACACCAUGCAGCACUGGUUCGGUAUAGAGGAAGCUACAAUGGAGCAUAUGAGCAAGCUUCAUUACUUCUUCGUGGAAAGAAAGGGCAAGAUUCCAGCCUGAAAGAUGGCGAGUUCAGCCUACCCUCUGCUAAAUAUGAAGGUGAUCUUAAAAUAUCUGCUGAGAAAUACAGAGAUUUACAAGACUUGAAAAGAUUUUGCCAUAGUGAAGUGCAAGUGUAUUUUGAUCAUCUUUGGCAUUAACCCACCAUCGAAAAAGCGCAGGACCUUUUAUAGAAGAUUAUUAAAUGAUUAUAUGAGAUAAUUUGUUGUAACAUGAAUUUGAAAUCUUGUAGUUACCUGCAAUAUGUUAUGAACUUGUCAUAAUUUUCCUCUGUAUG